CUCUAUGCACGAACUCUGCUUACGUAUUUCCGGUAGAAUCUCAGACCGGGUCUUUACUUCCGUUUAGCGCAUUCUACAACGAAGUGUACUACCGGCAAAACUCAUUCAUAAUUUUUCAUUCAUAAAACGGCGAUUUAUAAUUUAAGUAUUAUAUUAUAUUAUAUUAAUAUUAUAUUAUAUUAUAGUAUCAUAUAGUUAAGCAUUACUAAUGGCUUUCAGAAAGUUUAAAUAUCAACGUCGUGAGGACAGUAGUUCGACUGACCAUUGUUGUGUCCCGUUAUGUGUGGCCUCCUCAAAGUUCAACUCUGUACUAAGUUUCCACACUUUUCCUGUGGACGAAGAAAUACGCAGAAAGUGGAUUCACAGCAUUCGACGUGAGCGAUUUAACAUCACUUCUCAUACAAGGGUCUGCAGUCGUCACUUUAUAAGUGAAGACUUGAUCGAGCCAUCGACCCCUAAAGGGCGCCGCUUGCUGAGGAAGGGAGCUGUACCAACCUUAUUCCAGUGGAACGGCUACUCCGUUGCUGAACCAAGGCGCACCGGGGUAUGGCAAAGAAGGGAGGAUUACACUCCAGUGGAUGAGGAUCCUAUGCCAAUGGAUGCCCAGCAUCUGGAACAUGAUUAUUGUUCAGUUCCAGAACCCGCGGCAGUUGAUCAUGCACUGGAUCAAACUGAGGAUCUCCGUAAAGAGGUGGACCGACUAAGGAGACAGGUGGAGGAGUUGUCGGUCAGUCAAAGGUUUUGUUUGGGGCGAUUUGCUGCUUCCGACGAUGAUGUAAGGUUCUACACUAGGUUCGUGACUUACAGCCAUUUAAUGGCUUUCUGGAAACUCAUUGAGCCUGCAUCCCACAACAUGAUUCGUGUGUCAAGAGCAAGAGCAAUAAGGAGUGAAGCUGGAACAACAGGCAGUGCAUGGGGUCAGUCUCUGCAGCCCAUUGAUGAGUUCUUCCUCUUCAUGGUCCACCUCUCUGUUGGCUUAAAACAGCAGGAUCUGGCCCACAGAUUCAACAUCCAUCAGUCCACUGUUAGCCGAAUUAUUACAACCUGGGCCAAUUUUUUGUACACCAUUCUUGGGUCUGUCCGCAUCUGGAUGUCUGAGGAGGAAGUCAAGGCUCAUCUUCCCAAUGAGUUCCAGGACUACCCAGACACACAAGUGGUGAUCGACUGCACAGAGUUGCGUUGCCAAACUCCAUCCUCUCUCCUGCUUCAAAGUGAAGUCUUCUCCACUUACAAGUCCCACUGCACCUUCAAGGGAUUAAUCGGCAUGGCACCACAUGGUGCAAUCACCUUUGUUUCAUCCCUGUAUGCAGGUUCUGUCAGUGACAAAGAGCUUUUUAAGCAGUCUGGGAUUGUGUCGCUGUUGAAACAUGGAAUGGCGAUAAUGGUCGACAAAGGUUUUCUUGUUGAUGACUGUGUGCCAUGCAAAGUUUACAGACCUGCUUACCUGUCGAAGCGGGAACAGAUGUCAGCCGAUGAAGUGAGGGAGACACAGUCCAUUGCUCGGCUAAGGGUCCACGUUGAGCGUCUCAUCCGCAGGGUGAAGCAACACAAGCUGUUCGACACAGUCAUCCCUCUUUCCAUCACAGGGAGUAUCAACCAGCUGUACACUGUUGCUUGCCUCCUUGUUAAUUACCAAAAUGGCCCCUUAGUAAAAGCAUGGGCAAAGGAUUAAAGAUGAGAUAACAUUGGUUGGGGAUCGAAUUUGGAUUUAUUCUUGUUCAAAUAGUAACAUGUAAAUAUAUACAACUUUGAUCAUUUGCAUUGCAGUAAUGUAAACAUGUAAAUAUAAAUAACUUUUGUACAGUGAUGCUGGCAAUGCAGUAAUGUAAACAUGUAAAUAUAAAUAACUUUUGUACAGUGAUGCCUGCAAUGCAGUAAUGUAAACAUGUAAAUAUAAAUAACUUUUGUACAGUGAUGCCUGCAAUGCAGUAAUGUAAACAUGUAAAUAUAAAUAACUUUUGUACAGUGAUGCCUGCAAUGCAGUAAUGUAAACAUGUAAAUAUAAAUAACUUUGAUAAACAUUUCCUGUACAGUGAUUUGGUGUUAAUAUAAAAAACUUUGAUACAUAUUAAAACACUAUUAAAUGAU